GGGCCGCGGCGGGGAGGCGGGACCGAGGCAGCGGCGGCCGCGGCGGUGCGGGGGCGGCGGCAGGAUGGCAGAGCAGGGUCCUGUGCCCUCGUCCUGCGACUGCUUCGUGGCGCUGCCGCCGCACACGGCCACUGCCGCCGUCAUCUUCGGCAAGAACGCAGACCGCCCGCGCCACGAGGUGCAGGAGGUUGUCUACAUCCCUGCUGCCGUCCACCCCCCGGGGGACAAAGUCCAGUGCACCUACCUGGAGAUCGAGCAGGUGGAGAGGACCCACGCGGUGGUGCUGAGCCGUCCUGCCUGGCUGUGGGGUGCCGAGAUGGGUGCCAACGAGCACGGCGUCUGCGUGGGCAACGAGGGCGUCUGGACCCGCGAGCCCGUGGGGGAGGAGGAGGCGCUGCUGGGGAUGGACCUGGUGAGGCUGGGCUUGGAGCGGGGCAGCUCUGCCCGGGAGGCGGUGGAGGUGAUGGCAGCGUUGCUGGAGCGCUACGGCCAAGGUGGCAGCUGCAAGGAGGAGCCUGUGCCCUUCAUCUACCACAACACCUUCCUGCUGGCUGACCGCACCGAGGCCUGGGUGCUGGAGACGGCUGGCAGGUACUGGGCGGCACAGCGGAUCCGAGAGGGCAGCCGCAACAUCUCCAACCAGCUCAGCAUCGGCAGGGAGAUCACAGCCGAGCACGCAGGGCUGCGGCAGCGAGCCCGCGGCCAGGGCUGGUGGAGCGGGGACGAAGACUUCAGCUUCGCCGAAGCCUUCUCCUUGCCGCAGCAGCCACCGCGCAUGGAGGCUGCCAGGGCUCGGUACCGAGCCGGCAGGGAGCUGCUGCGCCAGCACGCAGGUCACAUCACGGCGGAGACCUUCAUGGGCAUCCUGCGGGACAAGGCCAGUGGCAUCUGCGUGGACUCGGAGGGGUUCCGCACGGCAGGCAGCAUGGUGUCCGUGCUGCCCCGGGACCCUGCCUUGCCCUGCAUCCACUUCUUCACCGCCACCCCUGACCCCUCCCGGUCUGUCUUCAAGCCCUUCAUCUUCGUGGCUGGCAUCAAGCCCGUGCCACAGGUGACAUCUCCCACCUUCCCCGACGACCCUGCCAAGCAGGUGCCGCGGUUCCAGCGAGCGGUGGAUCGGCGGCACCAGCUCUACCGCCGGCAUCAGGCGGCGCUGGAGAUGAUGGAGCAGGACCAGGAGAAGGGGCAGAAGCCUCCUGCAGACGCUGCGGGAGCUGGAGCAGCAGGGCCUGGAGGGAAUGAGUGCCCUGCUGGGGGGCACAGUGACCCCCAGCCCGGAGGAGUUGGCUGACCUCUUCUUCGACUGCGUGGAGGCAGAGAUGAAGUUUUACAGCUAAACCCCACUCAGCUGAGUGGGCAUCGCCCCCCACCCCCACCUCGUGGCAUUGCUCCUGGAUAGAGGAUGAGAAAACCUUCCCAGUGCCCGGUCCUGGCUCACCUCCCACCAUGGAUCUGUGCGGGCUUGGCCCCACCCUGUGGCAUUGCUCCUGGAUAGAAGGAUGAGAAAAACCUUCCCAGUGCCCAGUCCUGGCUCCUCACCUCCCACCGUGGAUUUGUGUGGUGGCAACACCUCAGCUUGCACCUCCAGCCCUGCCUGGGGCUGUGUAGCCUCCAGCCCCUACCCAGCCCCAGAGGAAUUGGUACUUUGUAGAGCUGGCUGUGGCCUGGAAUAUGGAUGUGGAAGGGGAAGAAGAAGGAUGUGAAGUGGGAUGUGGAGUGUUUUUUCCCCCCAUCAGGCAGAGCUGCCUGUGCUCAGCCCCUCAGGGACUGGCCGUGGGGCUGGGGGCUCCGUGGCAGAGCAGCGAUGGGCGUAGGAAUAAAGAGGCUUUAAUUGGA